AUGGGUAAUGGUUGUUGUGGCUUAUGUAACAAGAAAGCUAUCGAAGCUCAAGUAGCUGUUCUACAAACACAAAAUGUUGAAGAAAAAGAAACUCCGUUUGGUUAUGUUUUUAUCUAUCCUGGCGUUCAAACAUCAAAUAAAACCUAUACAUGUCCCGUACUUUCGAUUCAUACAUAUAGGGAAUCACUUCGAAAAACUGAAAUCGGGUAUGAACAAACAACAUAUUUCACUGAUAAAAAGAAACGUGAACAAUUGGGUCCGGUUAGCACAUCAAAAGAAGAAAGUUUGUCGGCCGAUGAAGCGGUCAUCAUUAUUCCCGUUGAAGAUAUAUUCAGUAUCAGUUAUACUUCGGAAAUAAAAAAGCAUGUUAAAGCACAAGAUCAUUCUCGAUUAGUUCCCGUUGCUGCUAAGAAAAGUUGUUGUGACGCGUUCCGAUGUUGUUGUUGUAAAAAGAAAAAAAUUCAACCGAUUCGCGAAAAUACAAUUAUUGAAGCAAAAGAUGCUCGACGGGAGAUUACCAUCCACAUUGAAUAUUCGAAAUAUAGUAACCUAGAUUCAGCCUCAAAUGCUCGUCUUCUAUCGUCAGUAGAUCAGGUUGCUUUCUACCAGUGUCGAUUUACAUCGGAUACAACAUUAAAAUUUUAUUUAAUUAAUAAUACGGAAUUUGAACAAGCAAAUUUUAAUCGAAAGAAAGACCAGGCCGAAAGUCUCUGUCGUACGAUAAUGCAACUAAAAGCAAUGAGAGUCAAUAAUUAUCCAGAUCCGGAGGAAUUACAAAAAAUAAUUCACCAGCCAAUUUCGGAAGUAUUUGGUGAUCCACUAGCAGAACGUGUUCAUUCGAUUAGAACACAAAAAGAAUUUGGAACACAUGGCGAGCCUUCAGUUACAACAGAGACUUUCACGGCCUUUACAGUAAGACCAGAUAAUGAAUAAAAAAAUUAAAAAUACAGAUAAUAAUCAUUUCGUGACUGACUGCCUUCUCUGUAACAGAUAAUUUAAAGUUCACUUGGUACAAAUAAAGCUUGAUAUUUCGAGUUUGACUCAGCAAAAAGGAUCUCGGCUGUAAAAUCACAUAAAAACACAUGCCUUAUAAUAUCGGUUCACAGUGUGCAUCCAGGCGAGCUUUUGGUGAAAAAACGAAAGUCACCUUUUCCAAGUUUUGAGUAGCGGGUCACACACUUCAGCAUACGGUCUAUCUUUUGCCAUUGACAUUCUUUUCAAGCUGCCACACUUAGCGGGAAAAUUGCUAAGAGAAAAUUUGGCCGAAAACAAUGGUGUUGUUGGAAACUGGAUUUAUACGCAAAACCAAGUUAAGAGUGAAGACAAACAAACAUAUAUUCAGAAUCUAUAUCGAGUUCUCUACCGAUUGCUAAAAAAAUUUCUGAUUUUGUAUUUUCAAAGCUGUGGAAUAUAACAAUACAUUUUUCUAGUUAGUUUUCCGAAGAGGCGUAUUCAGUAAAGCGCGUGUGCGAGGAAGAGCGAAACUCCAAUUUGAAUAAAACUUUAACUAAAUGUUUUUCUGUAUACUAGCUGCUAACACAGUCAGCACAAUUCAGCACAAAUACUCCUGUGCCCAGUUAUGGGUUUUUCCCAAACCCUUGAUUUUUCAAGUAUUUCCUAUUUUUCUCGGGCUAAAAUGUUUCAAAAUUUGAUAAAAAGAGCGUUUUCGGCAUCAGCGAAAAACCCACAUCGACUGAUGUACAAUAAGAGAGGUUUGGAUCCAAAAAUGACAGAUUUUACAAAAUCCUGCGGUGGAAGACAUUGUUCACGAAGUUUCUACUGCAGAUUCGGACAUCAGUUGUAACAUCAGGCUGAAGCCUAUAAAAUAUUUCAAACAGGUUUUCGAGUGUGGUUAUUCCAGUGGCACUGCUUUCAAAGUCCAAAAACGGUUUUUAAGAGGAUUUACAGAGGUCGAAUCUCUUGAAAAUCUUUUAAACUGUAUGCUUUUCAGCACUUUCACCAUCAUUCGGCGUGUCUGGGAAUUCAGAUUGGGCGCUGCUAUCGUCAUCGGACGUCUCAGACAGCCUCAUCUAAAGAAGCAUAUGAAAGCAGUUGGAGAGUCCAAUUGAUACAAGUAUGUGGGUAUCAUGCAUUUGAAUGCAUUGAAAAGGACCCACAAAAAUCUUUAGAACAAUGAAGUCUCAUGAGGGAAUUAAUUUUCAACAAGAUAGCAAAGUUUUAAAACAUGGUCAUUUUAGAAGUGUUACCACGUACUUUUAUAGUAAUUUUCUUAGGAUGCAUUAUGCUGACAAUUUCGUUUUUUUGGAGACAGCUUCGAGUCUCAUAUGUUAGCAAAAAUAAUUUAAAAUAGAGCCCAAAUAUUCCCAUCAGCCAGGACUAUUUGCCACUACGUUGUCCUUGCGUCAUUAUUAUAGCAAGAGAAGGGAACUAAAUGAAGAAGAUAUUUGUCGUUGCUUCUGCAUUACUGUUCCAUCAUUACUAGUGUAACGAACAAAACGAUCCUAUCAACUUUCCAGCUAUCUACCGUUAUCAAUGUUGUAUCUUUUGCGCGCAUACUCAAUUGAAAUAUUUCUGUGAAAUAGAAUGAAAACUACUGACGAGUGAGUGUAAAGUUGACCGAAUAUAACUUUUAAAGCCAUAAAUAUGUAAUACACGGUUACUAUCUGUGUGCGUAUUUUUUGGAACUAAUGUCCACACCAUAAAAUCUGAUAAUUUCUCAUUGCGGUUCAUCGAUUUCGUUCUCAUGUCAAUCGGUCAAGUUUGUGUCAGCUACCCUAACUAGUUUAAAUAUGUUGUGUUUAAAACAAAUUUCAUUGAAGAGAGAAGGGCGCAAGUUGCAAAUCGCUUUUCGAUGAAACUAGGUGGACUACAAGUAAUUGAUGACGCUGAUGCCAGAUAUGAACGUCGAAGUUGCUCUUAGGCUUUUGUUAACCGGUUUUCUUAAAACUGAAUCUUCGGAAAACCAGGGAUCAAAUCCAGAAAAUUUUUCUGAAUCGGCCAUUUUGUUGCGGACACAAACCUGUCUGUGUUCCAUAAGUUUUAGUUUACUGUCCAUAAACUUUUGACCAGUACUGUAUAAACGAAUUUCGUGCUCAUAAUAAUAAAUUUCCACUCAUUUGCGCCGAAUAUAUCGUUCAAAUACCCUCGAGCUAUCAGAAUUUUGUUUAACAAACGUAAACAGUAGAUUUUUGGUUGUUCCUGGAUUAUUUUAAAGUUAUCUAUUCAUAUUAUUUUAUCAUUAAAAGCAUCUGGUCAUAAAUGGAUCAACCUAAAAAAUCUACAAUUUUAGCUUCUUUCAUUUUAUUACUUUGAUCUAUCAGAAAGCAUCGACCACAACACACAUGUUCGUUAAAUAUAUUGAUAAUCAUAUAUAAAUCAUGGAGUUUGAUAAAAGUGAUCUUGUUUCUGAGUAAGAAAGAAAUUUAUUGUGCUUAUUAUUGCAUUUUUGUUGGGAAUUCUUUGAUGAUCACUCGUCUAGCAUAUCUAUUUAAUACUCUGUUUUCCCAGUCAUAUCAAAAUUUGAUGAUUUUUUUCUAGAGAAGCGGUAUUUGAGAUUUUUACAUAUUCGGAAUCAGCGCGAUGAGUUACGUUGUACGGCGCAAAGAUCUCGUCGGGGUACACGCAAAAAUGGGG